UAUAAAACACAAAUCACUGCUGAGCUCACACACACAACUGUCCCGUCCUAAAAUGCUGCAGAGAUUUGUUGUAAGUUUAUAUCUGGCGACGUGGUUCUCCGUGGACUGUAACCCCGGGCCGAUCGAUGAUAUUGUAAUUGAUCGAUACUUUAUUCCCGCGAGCUGCAUCAGAGAUGUGAAGUCAGGGGAUUUCGUGCGGUUUCACUAUAACGGCUCUUUUACGGACGGAAAACUCUUUGACUCAAGCUAUGAAAGGAAGACAGCAUUCUUUGGACAGGUGGGACAGGGGCAGCAGAUUGCUGGCGUGGAUAAGGGCAUUCAGGGAAUGUGUGUGAAUGAGCGCAGGAGGAUCACUGUGCCCCCACACCUGGCCUACAGCAGCCAAGGAGCAGGUGAUACAAUUCCACCGGACACAACAUUAGUGUUUGAUGUGGUUCUACUGGAUGUGUUUAACAGGGCGGAUCAGGUUCAGACUAAAGUGAUCAGCACACCAACAGACUGCAAGCGCUCUGUCAUGAGGACUGAUUUUGUGCGUUUUCACUUCAAUGCGACUUUGCUGGAUGGCACCAUGUUUGACUCCAGCUACAAGCGUUCCCAGACUCAAGACUCUCUGGUUGGGGAAGGUUUGCUCAUAAAGGGCCUUGAUGAAGGGCUGCUGGGCAUGUGUGUGGGAGAAAUACGACACUUCAUCAUCCCCCCAUUUCUGGCAUUUGGAGAGAAAGGAUAUGGUACAGAAAUCCCCCCUCACGCAUCAGUCGUUUAUGACAUUCUGUUGGAAGACCUUCAUAACCCUAAAGAUGACCUCGGCGUGGAGGUCAUACAUAUGCCUGAACCGUGUACACGCAAGUCUGUUGAAGGAGAUUUCAUUCGCUACCACUACAACGCCUCCUUCAUCAACGGCAUCAGCUUUGACUCCAGCUAUAAGCGUAACCACACAUAUGACACGUACAUCGGGAUGGGCUACAUGAUCACUGGUAUAGAUAAAGGCUUGCAGGGCGUGUGUGCAGGAGAGAGGAGAAGAAUCAUCCUGCCGCCUCACCUCGCGUAUGGUCAGCAGGGGGCAGGUAAGGAGAUCCCAGGUUCAGCAGUGUUGGUCUUUGACAUCCAUGUAAUCGACUUCCACAAUCCUAAAGAUUCUGUGAAGGUGGAAAUCAGUCAAAGAUCUGAAAUGUGUAAUGAGAGCAGUGAGGUCAAUGACUUCAUUCAGUACCACUAUAACUGCUCAAUGCUGGACGGCACACUGCUCUUUUCAUCGAAUGAUUAUGAAGCGCCACAGGACGUACUGCUUGGAGGAGGUAAAAUAAUCGACGGCCUGGAUGAAGCUCUGAGGAACAUGUGUGUUGGAGAGAGACGGACGGUCAUAGUGCCACCACACCUCGGACAUGGAGAGAAAGGAGCUGGUGUCGUACCAGGGAGUGCAGUGCUGCGGUUUGAACUUGAGUUGGUGUCCCUGCAGAAGGGGGUUCCUGAAGGGUACCUGUUCGUGUGGCUGAAUGAAACUCCAUUUGAGAUCUUUGAAGCUAUGGACAUCAACCAGGACAAACAGAUUCCAUUAGAGGAGUUUUCAGAGUUCAUCAAACAGCAGGUAGCAGAAGGGAAAGGUCGUCUUAAACCAGCCCAAGAUCCAGAGAGUGUCAUCAGAGAUAUGUUCAGGAACCAGGAUAGGAACAAUGAUGGCCUGAUCACUCUAGAUGAACUCAAACUUAAAGUGGAUGAAGAUGCAGAGAAAACACGGCAUGAAGAAUUGUGAAACAUGCACACAAAAUAAAUAUGAAUGCAUUCAGACAUUUUUAUAAUUGUGAGGCUGAAAACAAAGUGGUUUACAGUAUCAAAAUGUGCCAAGGCAAUGGUAGAGAGCUGAUAAAUCAGCUGAUAGUUGUUAAAUUUGAUAUAUUUAACAUGUUAAAAACAUUUUUUAAUAUUUCCUGUGAUGGGUGACCUAAACAUAGAGGCUACAAGUCCAAAUUGAUUGAAAUCUCAGAUGCAGUUUGUAAAAUUUUGGAGGUGGGUGCUUCGUUUGGAAAAUGUACUAUCAGGGUGGUGUGUCCAUUAAAACGGAAUGAAUCCA